AUGACGAUUAAGCUGGACACUACCACUGCGAUGCAGUUCCAGAGUGACUCGAACUGCAGAGCAAUGGUCUUUUGCGCCGCCGAAUCAUUCGAUUCAACUUGGAAGCCUGCGGACAUAGCAUUUCCCUCGAAUUCCGAGUUACGUUGCAACCAGGAAGAAGUGAAGGUCAAUCUUAAGGGGUUGAAGAACAAGCCUGGUUCAACUAGGCCUGCUGACAUUACGCCGUUCCUCCGUAAAAAGACUGAAUUUCUAAACAACGUCGAACUAAUCUAUGCUCUAACAACCAAGGAAUCUCCACAGAAAUACGUCUUAUCGGUCAAUCUGGUACAACGAAAGACGAUUGAAAUGCUCGUACAAGCCUUGAAAUCAGGCAAAUUCUUGGGCAAAGACCGAGUGGUCCGCGAGAGUAGGUGUCUCCCUUUCUUCGAGAUUGCAUUAUCUAAUUUGUACCAGUGCAAAAUCGAGCGAAAGACGACGACAUAA